GGGAGAAGGGCAGUUGAGCUUACAAGUUUGUUUAAGAUCAAUACCUCAGGAAAAUUACAGUAUCUGGCUUCAAAAUACGAUAACUUACUGUAGGUACCACUCUGCGCAUUUAUGACAUUCCCUUUUUGGGACGUUCCCAACACAUAAUACCUGGUAUCGACAUACAGCGUUUGGCAAAAGAUCACCGUAACCAUUAAGAUGUGUUAUCUCACUUCACCACGUCUUGCCCUUCUGCUGUUAGCCUUGAUUUCGGUGACCCUCGUGACCUCUGGAUUUCCGCAACAUCGACUGAGACCUUUACGAAACCCCUCUCCCAUUGGCCAGGAUGAUUCCAAAGGUGAUCAAUGGGAGAUGCACUACCCUUCCAUAUCGCUCCGCGACUGGAGUAUUCAGAUGCUGUCAGCUCCAGACUUCGCUUCAGCCAAACCCAAGUCAGAGAUUCUUGGCGGGGAUGAGUGGGUUCCCAUGACCCAAUCACAAAUGGAAGAGGAGCUGACAAAGGGUUGGUCCAGUGACUGGAUGGCCCAGCCAGUGAACGAACAGAAGAGGAAUAUUGUAGUUGCAGAUGAUGCGGCCUUCCGAGAGAAAAGUAAACUUCUAACUGCAAUGGAGAGACAGAAAUGGCUCAAUUCUUACAUGCAAAAGCUUCUAGUUGUGAACUCAUAGACUCAUGUUGGGUGCUAGU